CUUCUGCGACUGUCAGGGUCAACAACGCAUUCGCUCGACUACAAGCAGUUCUGGGAACAUCUUCUACAAGAAUUACGCGUUGGGUUAGAUUCCCUCCUCUUCGAUUUCCGAUGCGCUCAAUUCUCCAGCCAGCAGCCCACUCAUUUCCACUUCACCCUUAAGGCCUACACGCGCCGAGCCCCACCAGCAAACCUCAAAGCGAGCGAGCGCGCAAACUUGCAGUGACAAAGAUAAACCCAAGCAACAUGUCGCCUGUGGCAGACACUCCACGACGACCGGCUUCCAGCAGAGCGCGCAGUACGCGUCCUAAGCCUGCUUCAGCUCCUGACAAAUCAGGCGCGGCGAAUCCCUCCUCCGAGCCUCCUCCCAAGAAAAGAAGAUACAUCCCAGGUGGUCCAGGUGGUGGAGGACGAUACGUUGACGAAGACGGUACAGAAAUACCGGUAGGGGGCACUGGCCCUGGAGGAUACAACUACAUAGGCCCAAGGGGACGUAUUGGUCGCCAGAACGCCGCCAUGGGCAUAGUUCCCCAAAUCUACCACAGAAGAGAUCGGAGUACAAGAACUCGAACGGUCCUUCCCCGUUCACAACAACCGCCUAUGAGGUUCAGCUCUGCCGCUCAGGUCGCCGCGGUUGUGCAAAGUGAUGGAUAUAAGCCACGAGAAGAACGUGCCUGGGAGGAAUUCCACCCCAACCUAGAUAUCGAUGCAGCACUUCGUGCCUUCAGCGCAGCUGAGGUUGAAGGCAUUGAAGAAUCGAGACCUGUUACCCCUGGAGCCCCACAGUCAGGGGAAGGUUCCACCAACGGCCUUCGCACUCCAAAUGGCAUCGAAGGCACCAAGACGAAGAGUGAAGGUGCGCCAACUCCUACCGGAUCUUUGAAUGGUGACCUCUUGACCCUCGCCAUACCUGGAACUCCUGGUGGUGGCAAGAGAAGACCCGGGCGACCGCCUAAAGACCCAGUUGCGUUCUUUGCUGCUCGAGCGGCGAAACUUGGAAAGGGUCUCAGCCCCAGUUCUAGCACACCAAAGGCCAUCAAGAUAAUGCCCCCAGUGACCAAUAUAAACGCCAAAGAAAGAUUAACUUUGCCACAACCUUCAUACAGAAAGACUGAUACCCUUGCUCGCUUUGAAGAUAAAGCUUUAGGACUAGUGCGAUAUGUGGACAAAUCAAUGGCCAAUGUAGGAUACCAAGAAAGCGAUAUCUUUGUGCGUCCGGAACGUACUCUCAUCAAAGUUUCUGACGGAAACUUGGACGAGGAUCUGGAUCUUGGCCCUGGAUACAAGGGUGAUGGUGAAGCCAUCGUGACUCUUGGAAGUGGUGGUGUCGGCCGAGUUGAAUAUGACAUGGACGAACAAGACGAUAGAUGGUUGGAAACCUAUAAUGCUGAGCGGAAAGCAUUGGAUUUCGAGCCAAUCACACGAGAGAUAUUCGAGAUCACGAUCACGAAGAUCGAGAAGGAAUGGCACGCGCUAGAGAAGCGCAUACCAAAACCAAAUCCUAAACCACCACAAACUCAUCGACCCAGAUCUAGUUCAGCUGCUGCUGUCAAUGGUGAGCCUCAGGUUGGCGAAGAACAGGACAGCAAAUGUGCUAUUUGCGACGAUGGGGACUGUGAAAACACGAAUGCCAUCGUCUUCUGUGACGGCUGCGAUUUAGCUGUGCAUCAAGAGUGUUAUGGUGUUCCUUUCAUUCCAGAAGGUCAAUGGUUAUGCCGCAAAUGCCAAUUAAUUGGGAGAGGCAUUCCGACAUGCAUCUUCUGUCCAAAUACCGAUGGCGCAUUCAAACAGACAAAUGCUUCCAAAUGGGCACAUUUACUCUGUGCCAUGUGGAUUCCAGAAGUCUCCCUUGGCAACCACACUUUCAUGGAACCAGUUAUGGAAGUUGAAAAGGUACCGAAGAAUCGAUGGAGAUUAACCUGCUACUUGUGCAAUCAGAAGAUGGGAGCUUGCAUUCAGUGUGGUAACAAAGCCUGCUACCAAGCUUUCCAUGUCACAUGUGCAAGAAGAGCUCGACUCUUUUUGAAGAUGAAAAACCAGCAUGGCACUCUGGCUGUCCUCGACGGUUCCACUGUUUUGAAAGCAUUCUGUGACAAGCACUGCCCCUCUGAUUAUGCCAAGGAGAACGACGUUGCUCGUGCCGCCCGGGAUGCCAGAAACUUCUACAAGCGGACGAUGCGUGGACGACUCUGGGCUGAUAGUCAAGCUUCAGCUCUUGCGAUGGCUGCUACCCAUCGGCAUGCUGUCACUGAACACCAACCUGAUGAAUCACAACUCACUGGUGCGAAAGUUGCAUUGACUCUCAGUGACAACAAGAAGAAAGGGAACCAACCUCAAAAGUCAAUCUGGAAACUUCCUUCGGGAGCGCCUGUCAUUCCAAAGUACUGCUUUGAUAAUGUCGAGAAGUCCCUUCAGCGAUUUACAAUCCAUAAGCGUAAGGAUUAUGCUGCUGACGCAUGUCGUUACUGGACCUUGAAGCGAGAAGCCCGCCGUGGUGCAGCUUUACUCAAACGCCUGCAACUACAAAUGGAAACAUUCUCUUCCAUGGAGAUUACUCGCAGAAACUUCGCAGGCAUGGGCCAUGCUGGUCGACCGAGACUUCAAAGACGCAUCGAAUUCGCACAGAAUCUGGUACAAGACUUGGAAAAGUUAAAAGUUCUUGCCGACGAUAUUGUCUUGCGUGAAGCAGAGAAGAUGAAUGGAGUCCGAUUGGAGGUUGACGUCGUGGAUACGGUUUAUUUCCCUGUUGCCAAGUUCUUACCUCCUGUGCUUGAUAAGUCUCUCGUACUUGAUAUUAAAUUGGUCUUCACGGAUGCUUUGCUCAAGCUCCAAGGAAGAGUCGAUGGUCGCUUCUACACCACUGCAACGUCAUUUUCACAUGACUUUAGCGAAGUAUUCCGACAUGGAAUUAUCAACGAACCAGUUCCCAAGCCGGAAACGGCAGCUUCCAAAGAACUCGAGAGAUCAUCUAACAUCAAGAAGACUCCACUGGAUAUGAAAGAGCGUCGACGACUAGCCAAGAGAAUAGUCAAAGCUGUCCAGCCACUUCUAGAAGCUGCAGUUCGCGCUGAGGCUGAGAUCAGUAGUAAACCAGUGGACCGAGAGAUCAAGCUUCUGGAACAAUUACUUGACUCCUGUUUACAAGCAGGUAACGACUCACUUUCCGUGUCUCUGGGUGAUGGUUCUGUUGGCGAACGUGAAGUCGAGCACGAUGCUGAAUUGGCUGAGUCUAAUGGAAAUGGCACCAUCCACGUGAAUGGGGACUCGACUGAGACUAUUGAUGAGCACGAUAAGGGCGACUCUGCCGAUGUGGAUAUGCAGGAUGAUAAUGCUCCAGGCGAAGACGAAAACACGAUCGUGGCUGCAACUCCUGCUGAUGACACCAUUGAUACUGGUCCUGUUACUCGGGCCAACAAGAGCUCCCCAUCAAAGGCCAGUGUCACAAAAUCUACCAAUACACCUCCUGACACGAACGGCUAUGUGCAAGCUCCUGAGGUUGUACAACCUGCUCCUCCAACACCACCAGUCUCAAAUGGUGAUACCAACACGGAUGCCGACAUUCUGACCAAUGGUGGUAUUCCUUGGUACGUCAAGGAUUUCGAGCCAGAAGGAACCAGUCUUAUUCCGGGCAAAGAUGCCAUGUCGAGUUUCAGCGAGGAGCUCAGCGAAAUGGAUGAGGAUGAUCUUAGAGGCCUAGGAGCAGAUGUGGCUGCUGGAGAAGCUGCUGGAGCUGUCAUUGCUAGUCCCACAAAGCCGAAGAAAAGCAAAGCCAAGAAGAAAGGAAAGGGCAGACGAUGAAUUUGAAGCUAAGAAAACGAUGGAGGCGAGCCUUUUUCGUUGAGAUGUAUUUGAUACUGUAUCAUAGAUCUCCGCGCCGCUAUUCAAUACCCGGAGUAUGGUGCUUUGGGGUCAUGGAGUCCUUUGAUAUCGGUGGAUCACUUGGUCUGCUUUGCUCGCUUUUCCGGAGGAUGCCACAUGAAGCUAUAAUUUUGUAGUCAACGUACCUUGUAGUAUUACUUUAGCUUAGUCGAGAGGGCUCGAAAUCGCGUGAAUUUCAAUGGAUCAAGC